CUGAUCUCCAGUGUGUCCCUUAGGCUCUUGCUGCUGGUUCUGGUCCUGGUCCAGAUCCUGGUCCAGACUCGAUCCAGUUCUGUAACUCACAAACAAACAGAGAACAAACCGGCCCCGAGGAGUGCCGACGUGGCUCUGCAUUAUAACACAUACCUUCAGCAAGUGGUACAAUACCUGGAGAAAGACCCACACUUCAGAGAGAAACUGCGCAACGUCAAUGCCAGUGACAUUCAGGACGGCUCUCUGUCUCAGGAGCUGGACUUUGUGCAUCACAGCAUCAGAACCAAACUGGACGAACUCAAGAGAGAAGAAAUCACCCGUCUGAGAAUGCUGUUGAAGGCCAAGAGAGACCUCAAACUGAAGAAAGAAGGAAAAGGUCAGUUGAGGGACCACCAGGCUCUGCUCAAACACUUUGACCACAUGGACUUCACAAACCCUCACGUCUUUGAGGUGGAAGACCUGGACCGACUCAUAAAAGCGGCCACUAAAGACCUACAGAGGGUGGAUGAGCAGCAGCAUGCGGAGUUCAAACGCUAUGAGAUGAUGAAGGAACAUGAACGACGAGAACGUUUGAAGAACAUGACCUCACAGGAGAGAGAGAGAGAAGAGAGGGAGCACAGAGAGAAGAGAGAGAAGCACAAGAAGCACCCAAAACUCAACCACCCUGGCAGUGAGGAUCAGUUGAAGGAGGUGUGGCAUGAGACAGACGGAUUGGACGAAGCCGACUUCAACCCGAAGACUUUCUUCCGACUGCAUGACACAAACCAGGACGGGUAUCUGGAUGAGGAUGAGCUGGAGGCUUUGUUCACUCAAGAGCUGGCCAAAGCCUACGACCCUGAGAAUGAGGAGGACGACAUGAUGGAGAUGGAGGAGGAGAGACGGAGGAUGAGAGAAGAAAUCAUGACUGAGGUGGACACAGAUGGAGACCAAAUCAUCUCUGAACAAGAGUUUAUGGAACACACCAAAAAACAAGAGUUCCACAAGAACGAAGAUUGGGAGACCGUGGACCAUGAGCCGUUCUUCACAGAUGCAGAAAUGGCUGAAUUUGAGGAAAGUCUGAUGAAAAAGAUGGAGAAACAUGAGACUGAGACAGAGCAAUUGCAGAGACAGAAGCAUGAGCUCGAGGAGAAGCAGAAGAGACUGGAUGCUCAGAAACACCAACUGGAGCAGGCCUGGAGUCAGCUGGACAAACUGAAGGACAAGAGAGAGCCCUGGGAUCAUGAAGAAGUCCAGUCCAGAACCACACCACUUCUGAACCAGGACUAAACCAGGAUUAAAUCUCGAUUAAACCAUGAGGUGGCCCGUGGUCCCUCUUUGGGUCAGACUCUGUGGUCCACACGUUUCUGCUCAUCUGAACUUCUGAUUUAAAAGUAUUAAAAAACGAUGCAGCCGUGGCUUCUAACCAAAGAGACGACAUCAUGCUCAAACUUUUCUGAUCUGUGAGUUUUUCUUUUUAUCUGAGAUUUAUAAAGCCUUGAAUGAUUUCUGUCAUAACCUGGUCACAGAAAAGUACUUUUUUUAAAAAUAAAGAAUCACUGACAAACAUGU